AUGACGAAGCAUUUCUCGAAUUUGCGACAAAUCCAGAAACAAGUCGUCGAGGCACAAAAACGCACCCGAGACCCCGAGAUCCUCCCAUCCCUCGAGCGGCCGAGGAAGCGUCCACGGACUCAAGAUACUCUCCAGACGAAGCCUCACAAGCAAGCUGAGAAACAAAAGCGACCUCGAGAACACGAAGCUUCAUCCUCCCACGCUUCGCUUGAGACUCCCGCAAAACGAGUACGAACAUCUACAAUUCCAGGUCAGAAGACAAUUGGCGAAGCUCGGAUUGAGUUUUGGAAAGAGAACGGAACCUGGCCAACAGAGGAACAAGAGAAAACAAUGGAUAGAUUUCAAGACAUUGUCCAGCAUGCGCUCGCAAGGAAGAGAUCGAAAUCUUCUCUACGCCGCAAGCGUUCGGAUGCCAGCAUAAGCGCGGAAACAGUUCAGACGCGAACACCAAGCGAUCAACAGCCGCGAGAACAAAAGAGUGCUCCAUACAGACAUCCGCGAUACGAAGGUCAACUCCAGGAGCGCGGUAGCUUUAUGGACGACCAUGAUAAAGGGAUUACCGCUCAGAGCGAAAAGCUUUUAGCAAAGCUUCUAAAAACGCCUCGAAAGCCACCUGAAAAUACCCUUUUCUCAGACGAUACUUUGUUCAAGAAGAUUUGCAAGAGCCUCAGGGGCGAGAAUGAGACUAAGGUGAUCCUCCGUAUUGCGGAUCUUAUUUUCCCCUCAGCUGAGAUACUGGCGGAUCGCGGAGCGAAACACCUGGAAAUUCUCAGAGAGACUACUAACGCAGGCUGGAUCAACGCUAUUCCUUUUUACGGACCUCGUCCGCAACCAGACUUUGGCCUUGGAUUUAAAAGAGAAGCAUUCACCCGGGAACAGCUCCAAAAGUUGCAACCUUUUAUUAGCAAUAAACUCGAAGAUUGUUCCUAUAUUGCGGCCACGUACAAUAUGUACCUUCCAUUUUUUACUAGCGAAGUGAAGUGCGGAGCAUCUGCGCUUGACGUGGCUGAUCGCCAAAAUCUUCAUAGUCAAACUGUUUCGUUGCGCAACCUAAUAGAACUAUUCCGCCUUGUCGGUCGACUGAACGAGCUUGACCGGGAAAUCAACGGCUAUUCAAUCUCUCACAGCAAUGAGUACGUAAGAAUCUGGGCCCAUUAUGCUGUUAUUAAGGGAGAAGAUUUCACUUUCCAUCGACAUUCAAUUGCCAAGUUUGAUAUUUCACCAACGGCGGAGGGCGACCAAAGGUGGAAAGCGUGGACUUUUGUCAUGAAUGUCCUUGACUUUUGGGUCCCUGAUCAUUUUCAGAGAAUCUGCUCCGCCAUCGACAUGUUACCGGCCGAUUUGAAUUUCGAGGUUUCUAAUCUAUCCGAAACCCAACGUUCAGAUCUGAAACUGGCUUCCUCACGCUCCGGCCUAUCCCAGCAAAUUGAAGUUUAUAGCCUGGCCGAUGAAGGAGUGACGUCAGUCAACCAGUCCAGCAAUCAACCAAUCACCCCCGACACGACGAUGGCUGGGUCCAGUAACUCCAAGAAGAAUAAGACGAAGUAA